AUGGAAAUGAAAGCUAACACUGAACCAGAUGGGAUAUCAAAGAGACUAUGGUCCCCGUGGGAAGGUUUUGGAACAAUCUCCAACGUUCAGAAAGUUAUAGCUUGUUCAAGCUCCAACACCACCGAAGAUCUACACCGUCGCCACAGGAAAUGGGUGGGUCCCUCAGGAAACAAAGUCAUCACCGUCUCACUUUACGGCCACUCUCAGUUUCGCUCCAUCCAAGACGCUGUGGACUCCAUACCUAAGAACAACAACAUGAGUGUCGUCAUCAAGAUUGGUCCCGGAUUUUACCGAGAGAAAGUGGUGGUUCCAGCGACAAAACCGUACAUAACGUUCAAAGGAGCGGGUCGGGACGUGACAAUUAUAGAAUGGCACGACCGUGCGUCUGACCGUGGUCCUGACGGUCAACAGUUACGUACUUAUCAAACCGCUUCCGUCACAGUCUUUGCUAAUUAUUUCUCCGCUAGAAACAUUAGCUUCAGGAAUACUUCGCCGGCGCCGUUGCCAGGAAUGCAAGGGUGGCAGGCGGUGGCAUUUAGAAUCUCUGGGGACAAAGCUUACUUUUCCGGCUGCGGAUUCUACGGCGCACAAGACACUUUAUGUGACGACGCUGGCCGUCAUUACUUUAAGGAGUGUUACAUCGAAGGCUCUAUCGAUUUUAUAUUCGGUAACGGCCGGUCCAUGUAUAAAGAUUGUGAGUUGCAUUCAAUAGCGUCGCGAUUCGGGUCGAUAGCGGCGCAUGGGAGGACAUGCCCGGAGGAGAAAACAGGUUUUACGUUCGUAGGUUGUCGGGUAACGGGUACGGGUCCUUUGUACGUGGGCCGGGCCAUGGGCCAAUACUCCCGGAUUAUCUACGCCUACACCUACUUCGAUGCUCUCGUCGCUCACGGUGGCUGGGACGAUUGGGAUCACAAAUCCAAUAAAAGCAAGACUGCAUUUUUCGGAGUGUACAAUUGCUAUGGACCAGGAGCAGCAUCGACAAGAGGCGUAUCAUGGGCCAGAGCUUUGGACUAUGAGUCGGCUCAUCCUUUUAUAGCUAAGAGCUUCGUCAAUGGAAAACAUUGGAUCGCUCCUCAAGAUGCUUAA